AUGAUGUCACAAGAGUCACUGGUACAGGUGAGGGGGAAAGCCUACAAAAGGGAGCGCAGGGCUCAGUUCCUGCAUCCUUGUGACUUGGUGAGAGUCAGCAGAGGAGCAUUUGGAGGAGACAGCUCAGCAGUGCUGGGACAGGAACUCUCCAAGAGCUCACCGUUGACGUGUGCCUUGUCUGCAAGGAAGGAGGAGACGCUCGGCGAGAUGGAGCGUGCAUGCGUACUGUGCCGUCGGACACAUGUUGCCAUGCAUAUCUGUGGAGAAAUGCUGAAUCUGGAAGGGGUCCGUGCCCAUUUGUUUUGCCUGAUUUUUGCCAGUGAGAUUUCUCCACUCCUGGAUGGGGAACAUGGAGUGCUGCUAUUUUCUGAGGAGGAGGUUGAACAUGCAGUCGAGCAGGCAGCACAGAAGUUGCUCUGCCCUUUACAGGAGUGCUGUGUCUGCCAGCAGAGUGGGGCCACCAUCACCUGCAGCGAGACAGGCUGCGAUGUCAGCUUCCAUCUCCCCUGUGCCACACGGGGUGGGUGCGUCACCCAGUACUUUGGACUCUACAGGGCCUUCUGCAGGGAACACUCCCCACGUCAGGAAGUGGAGGCCGUUCCAGACGAGGACACCACCUGCCUCAUCUGCACGGAUCCUGUAGACAACCAAACGUCCUACAGGACCAUGGUGUGCCCGGCGUGUCAACACGCAUGGUUCCAUCGGGAAUGCAUCCAGGUAGGAGCCCAUCCCUCGCUCCCAGGAGACCACGGGUGCUCAGCAGCACCAGGACCUAACUCAUGCUGUUCAAUGUUUCUCCUGCAGGAACAAGCUCUGCACACUGGCCUGUUGAGUUUCGAGUGCCCGGCGUGUAGGGAUCAGAAUGCAUUUCUGCCAGAAAUGCUCGACAUGGGCAUCCAAAUA